AUGGCGUCGAGCUCAAAGCCAGAGGCCAGCAUGCUCUGGGGUGGCCGCUUCACAGGCAAACUGGAUCCUCUUAUGCAGAAGUACAAUAAUAGCAUCACCUUCGACUGCGUCCUUUACAAGGAAGACAUCCUCGGCAGCAUUGCAUUUGCCCGUGCGAACGCUAAAGCUGGCAUAAUCACCGAUGAAGAGUUCAACACGAUCGAAUCGGGCCUUCAUAUGGUGAAGAAGGAAUGGGAGUCAAACACCUUCGAGAUCAAAACAUCCGACGAGGACAUCCAUACUGCGAAUGAACGCCGGCUCUGUGAGAUUAUCGGCAAAAAGGGCAAGGAGGUGGGCGGCAAGCUGCAUUCCGGCCGCAGCAGGAACGAGCAGGUUGUCUGCGAUAUGCGCAUGUGGCUGCGACAAGAGCUGCGAGACAUUGAGCAACAUCUCGUGAGCUUCCUGCGCGUCAUUGCUGCUCGCGCCGAGCAGGACAUCGACUACAUCAUGCCCGGAUACACGCACCUACAGCGUGCACAGCCCAUCCGCUGGAGUCAUUGGCUGUUAUCCUACGGUUUCGCCUUUGCCGCCGACCUCGAACGCCUACGCGAGGUUAUUUCUCGCGUCAAUCGCAAUCCGUUGGGCUGCGGGGCCCUCGCCGGCAACCCUUUCAACCUUGACCGCGAUAUGAUCACCAAAGAACUCGAAUUCGAGGGGCUUCUUUGGAACUCAAUGGGCGGCGUAGCCGACCGCGACUUUGUUACGGAGACGUUGCAGUGGGGUUCGAUGCUGAUGCAGCACGUCUCGCGAUGGGCUGAGGAUCUCAUCAUCUACUCAACCGCCGAGUUUGGCUUCGUCCACCUCGCCGAUGCCUACUCUACCGGUAGCUCGCUGAUGCCCCAGAAGAAGAAUCCAGAUAGCCUUGAGCUUCUGCGUGGCAAGAGCGGUCGUGCAUUUGGCCACAUGGCAGGCUUUAUGAUGACCCAAAAAGGGCUGGCCAGCACGUACAACAAGGAUUUGCAGGAGAGUAUCGAGCCGAUGCUCGACCACGUUAAGACGGUAGCCGACAGCAUCCAGAUCGCUAACGGCGUCUUGUCCACGCUAACGGCCAAUCCGGACAAGAUGCGUGCUGCCCUCGACCCCUUCAUGCUUGCUACCGACGUGGCCGACUACCUUGUCCUCAAGGGCGUCCCCUUCCGUGAAACCCACCACACUUCGGGUCGCUGCGUCGCUAAGUCGGAGGAGCUGGGCAUUCCGAUGAAUGAGCUCUCGCUUGAGCAAUUCAAGGCCAUCGAUCAUCGCUUCGAAGAGGACAUUUUCGAUGCCUUUAGUUAUGAGGCAAGCGUCGAACGCCGCUCGGCGAAGGGUGGCACCAGCAAGUCGAGCGUCCUAGAGCAGAUCAAGGUGCUCCAGGGCAUGCUCGGCUAA